AUGGCCCUCACCUCCCGAGUGGGGAAUAAUGAGGCGCACCUCGAGGAGUCACGUGAUCCAGAGGACCAGCUGCCCCCCGGUUUCCCCAACAUCGACAUGGGCCCCCAGCUGAAGGUGGUGGAGCGGACACGGACAGCUACUAUGCUCUGUGCUGCCAGUGGUAACCCCGACCCCGAGAUCACCUGGUUCAAGGACUUCUUGCCUGUGGACCCCAGUGCCAGCAACGGGCGCAUAAAGCAGCUGCGGUCAGAAACCUUUGAAAGCACUCCGAUCCGAGGGGCCCUGCAGAUCGAGAGCAGUGAGGAGACGGACCAAGGCAAAUAUGAGUGCGUGGCUACCAACAGCGCCGGUGUGCGCUAUUCCUCACCCGCCAACCUCUACGUGCGAGAGCUUCGAGAAGUAGAACCGUCAGCCCCCCCUCAAGACGUUAAAUGUGUCAGCACGCGCUCCACGGCCAUUUUGGUAAGUUGGCGCCCACCGCCGCCGGAAACGCACAACGGGGCCCUGGUGAGCUAUAGCGUCCGCUACCGACCGCUGGGCUCGGAGGAUCCGCAACCCAAGGAGGUGAACGGCAUCCCCCCGACCACCACUCAGAUCCUGCUGGAGGCGCUGGACAAGUGGACCGAGUACCGCAUCACGACUGUCGCUCACACAGAGGUGGGACCAGGGCCCGAGAGCUCGCCCGUGGUCAUCCGCACCGACGAGGACGUGCCCAGCGCGCCGCCGCGGAAGGUGGAGGCGGAGGCGCUCAACGCCACGGCCAUCCGCGUGCUGUGGCGCUCACCCGCGCCCGGCCGGCAACACGGCCAGAUCCGCGGCUACCAGGUCCACUACGUACGCAUGGAGGGCGCCGAGGCCCGCGGGCCACCGCGCAUCAAGGACAUCAUGCUGGCCGAUGCCCAGUGGGAGACGGACGACACAGCCGAAUAUGAGAUGGUCAUCACAAACCUGCAGCCUGAGACCGCCUACUCCAUCACGGUAGCCGCCUACACCAUGAAAGGUGAUGGUGCUCGCAGCAAACCCAAGGUGGUCGUGACCAAGGGAGCAGUGCUGGGCCGCCCCACCCUGUCGGUGCAGCAGACCCCCGAGGGCAGCCUGCUGGCACGCUGGGAGCCCCCAGCCAGCACCACCGAGGACCAGGUGCUGGGCUACCGCCUGCAGUUCGGCCGUGAGGACUCGCCCCUGGCCACACUGGAGUUCCCACCUACCGAGGACCACUAUACAGCGCUGGGUGUGCAUAAAGGGGCCACGUACGUGUUUCGGCUGGCGGCCCGGAGCCGAGGAGGCCUGGGCGAGGAGGCGGCCGAGGUCCUGAGCAUCCCCGAGGACACUCCCCGUGGCCACCCGCAGAUCCUCGAGGCAGCUGGAAAUGCCUCAGCUGGCACCGUCCUGCUCCGCUGGCUGCCGCCCGUGCCCGCCGAGCGCAACGGGGCCAUUGUCAAGUACACGGUGGCUGUGCGGGAGGCCGGAGCCUUGGGCCCCGCCCGAGAGACCGAGCUGCCGGCGGCGGCCGAGGCGGGCGCCGAGAAUGUGCUCACGCUGCAGGGCCUCAAGCCCGACACGGCGUAUGACCUCCAAGUGCGGGCCCACACGCGCCAGGGCCCCGGCCCCUACAGCCCCCCCGUCCGCUACCGGACAUUCCUGCGGGACCAAGUCUCACCCAAGAACUUCAAGGUGAAGAUGAUCAUGAAGACAUCAGUCCUGCUCAGCUGGGAGUUUCCUGACAACUACAACUCACCCACACCCUACAAGAUCCAGUACAACGGGCUCACACUGGACGUGGACGGCCGUACCACCAAAAAGCUCAUCACGCACCUCAAGCCCAACACCUUCUACAACUUCGUGUUGACCAACCGAGGCAGCAGCCUGGGUGGCCUUCAGCAGACCGUUACUGCCUGGACCGCCUUCAACCUGCUCAGUGCCAAGCCCAGCGUGGCCCCCAAGCCUGACUCCGACGGCUUCAUCAUGGUGUAUCUGCCUGACGGCCAGAGCCCUGUGCCUGUCCAGAACUACUUCAUUGUGAUGGUGCCACUGCGCAAGUCUCGUGGUGGCCAGUUCCUGACCCCUCUGGGCAGCCCGGAAGACAUGGAUCUGGAGGAGCUCAUCCAGGAUAUCUCACGGCUGCAGAGGCGCAGCCUGAGGCACUCUCGCCAGCUGGAGGCGCCCCGCCCCUACAUUGCGGCUCGCUUCUCAAUGUUGCCGUCCACCUUCCACCCCGGUGACCAGAAGCAGUACGGUGGCUUUGACAACAGGGGCUUGGAGCCUGGCCACCGAUAUGUCCUCUUUGUGCUUGCAGUGCUGCAGAAGAGCGAGCCUACAUUUGCAGCCAGCCCCUUCUCAGAUCCCUUCCAGCUGGAUAACCCAGACCCGCAGCCCAUCGUGGAUGGCGAGGAGGGGCUCAUCUGGGUGAUCGGGCCUGUGCUGGCUGUGGUCUUCAUUAUCUGCAUCGUUAUCGCCAUCUUGCUCUACAAGAACAAACCCGACAGUAAACGCAAGGACUCAGAGCCCCGCACCAAAUGCCUCCUGAACAACGCUGACCUCGCCCCCCACCACCCCAAGGACCCUGUAGAAAUGAGACGCAUUAACUUCCAGACGCCAGAUUCGGGCCUCAGCAGCCCCCUCAGAGAGCCGGGGUUUCACUUUGAAAGCAUGCUCAGCCACCCCCCGAUCCCCAUCGCAGACAUGGCGGAGCACACGGACCGCCUCAAGGCCAAUGACAGCCUCAAGCUCUCCCAGGAGUACGAGUCCAUUGAUCCGGGCCAGCAGUUCACGUGGGAACAUUCCAACCUGGAAGUGAACAAACCCAAGAACCGCUAUGCCAACGUCAUCGCGUACGACCACUCGCGCGUCAUCCUCCAGCCCAUUGAAGGCAUCGUGGGCAGCGAUUACAUCAACGCCAACUACGUGGACGGCUACCGGCGGCAGAAUGCAUACAUCGCCACGCAGGGGCCGCUGCCAGAGACCUUCGGCGACUUCUGGCGUAUGGUGUGGGAACAGCGUUCGGCUACCAUCGUCAUGAUGACGCGGCUAGAGGAGAAAUCACGGAUCAAGUGUGAUCAGUACUGGCCCAACAGGGGCACGGAGACAUAUGGCUUCAUCCAGGUCACGCUGCUGGACACCAUCGAGCUGGCCACGUUCUGUGUCCGGACGUUCUCUUUGCACAAGAAUGGCUCCAGUGAGAAACGUGAGGUCCGCCAGUUCCAGUUCACGGCGUGGCCGGACCACGGGGUGCCCGAGUACCCGACGCCAUUCCUGGCUUUCCUGCGGAGAGUGAAAACCUGUAACCCGCCGGACGCGGGCCCCGUGGUCGUGCACUGCAGUGCCGGCGUGGGCCGCACCGGCUGCUUCAUCGUCAUCGAUGCCAUGCUGGAGCGGAUCAAGCCGGAGAAGACGGUGGACGUGUACGGCCACGUGACGCUCAUGCGCUCGCAGCGCAACUACAUGGUGCAGACCGAGGACCAGUACAGCUUCAUCCACGAGGCGCUGCUGGAGGCCGUGGGCUGCGGCACCACGGAGGUGCCCGCCCGCAGUCUCUACGCCUACAUCCAGAAGCUGGCGCAGGUGGAGCCCGGCGAGCAUGUCACCGGCAUGGAGCUCGAGUUCAAGCGGCUGGCCAACUCCAAAGCCCACACGUCCCGCUUCAUCAGUGCCAAUCUGCCUUGUAACAAGUUCAAGAACCGCCUGGUAAACAUCAUGCCCUACGAGAGCACGCGGGUCUGCCUGCAGCCCAUCCGUGGGGUGGAGGGCUCCGACUAUAUCAACGCCAGCUUCAUCGAUGGCUACAGGCAGCAGAAGGCCUACAUUGCGACGCAGGGGCCACUGGCGGAAACCACAGAGGACUUCUGGCGCAUGCUGUGGGAGAACAACUCCACCAUCGUAGUGAUGCUGACCAAGCUGAGGGAGAUGGGCCGGGAAAAAUGUCACCAGUACUGGCCAGCUGAGCGCUCCGCCCGCUACCAGUACUUUGUGGUGGAUCCGAUGGCGGAAUACAACAUGCCUCAGUAUAUCCUGCGGGAGUUCAAGGUCACGGACGCCCGGGAUGGCCAGUCCCGGACGGUCCGGCAGUUCCAGUUCACGGACUGGCCGGAACAGGGCGUGCCAAAGUCAGGGGAGGGCUUCAUUGACUUCAUCGGCCAAGUGCACAAGACCAAGGAACAGUUUGGCCAGGACGGCCCCAUCUCCGUCCACUGCAGUGCCGGCGUGGGCAGGACGGGCGUCUUCAUCACGCUCAGCAUCGUGCUGGAGCGCAUGCGGUACGAGGGCGUGGUGGACAUCUUCCAGACCGUGAAGAUGCUGCGGACCCAGAGGCCGGCCAUGGUGCAGACGGAGGACGAGUACCAGUUCUGUUACCAGGCAGGGCUCGAGUACCUCGGGAGCUUUGACCACUAUGCAACCUAAAGCCAUGGUCGCCGCCGGCCAGACUCCACCGGCCCCGGAUGCCUCUGCCCCUGCCGGGUGGGCCCCCGGAGACCUGGACCCCCGGCCAGGGCGGGAGGAGGGAGCGGCCACAUGUCUGCACGGCCUCCAGGAGCAAUGCGGCCCCCCGAGCCCCCCGUGCAGGGCCCAGCAGCCUCCUUGGCACCGGCCGCCGCCUUCCGAAACUUGGCACAUUCCUCAUUUCCUUCCAAUUCCAAACGAGAGAUUCCUGGGGGGGGGGGGCAGUGAGCAAACAGGGCUUCUCCCCGGAACCAGAGGAGGGCAGGGCCGUGCGCUUGAGCCCCAGUCCUCCCCGCCUCCCCCCGGGGGGGCCCUCCUGGUCUGCAGCUUGCGGGACACCGCCGGGCCGGGGGUGCAAAAUUCAGCUUUCUUUUCAGACUCUGUGUAACUGUAUCCAGUGACAUUUCUUUUUUUAAAUAGUGUAUUUUUUUUCAUUUUUUUUUUAAAGAAGAAACAAACCGAAAAAGGAAAAAAAAAAAAAAAAGACUCGCCAGUCAACAAAUUUAAAAAGAACUUUGCUUAUUCCUGUUCCGUUCACAGACAAGUCUAUUUUUUCACCGCAGAGAACGCUCUCGCGAGGCGGUUGCGUUGGCAGGUGCGCGGGCCCGCGACCCGCCCCGGGCGGCCUGGCUUCCUCCCGCCGCCGUCCUCGGAAGGUGUGCCUCGCUCAAGAACCGGAGGCCCUUGUGCUCCUGGCUUCUUCCCUUUUUUUUUGCAUUUUUCUUUUUUUUUUUUUUUUCCUUUUUUAAUUCUGAAACAUAUCAAGGACCGGUCUGAGGGUGGGGCGGUGGGGGUGGGGGGACAGGGGGCUCCGGCCCACCAGCGUCAGGUUCAAAAACCCACUGGUGUGGGUGCUACCGCCGAGGAGAGGGCAGUGACCCCCACCCCGAACCCCGCCGCCUGAACUCCCCCCAAUCUCCCGCCCCCGAGGAGGAGGACUGAACAAAACAGGGGGUCCCGCUUCUUCCGGGAGAGAGAGGCCAUGUUCUGCUCGGAUCAGGGACCCUUUCCCCCUGGGAGUAUGGGACAGUUUUGGGGCAGAAGCAGAAGGAUGGGAUUCCCCCCCCACCCCUGAGCAAGUGAGUUUUUCUCUUUGUACAAGAACAGAUCUGCCGUUUGCUUUCAACACUGUUCAUUCAAACGGAAGCAGCUGGGUGGUUUUCCCACCUCUGCGUAUGUAGAUAUAUCGACUUUGUAUUAAAGGAAGAUCGUCUGACCCCG